GUCAUCGUAUUUACGUAAUAUUAUUGUAUACCGUUUACAAUAUUAUUUUUUUAGAUCUAACUUUUCAAUACAGUAUAUACAUUUUGCCCUAUAUUUUUGCAAUUUAAUUCUAUAUUGCUUAUUUAAUGAAAAAUAACUUUUUUGAUAAAUCGCUUUUCGUUCUUCGCAUUUAAUCUAGAAUAAACUAGAAGAGAGAAGCAUAUAGUAAUAAGUUAUUAUUUAUAUUGCUACUGCUUCACUAUUUCUUAUUAUUGCAGGAGUUAUUUCAGGGUCAUGUGAGAUUAAAAAAUAUGCCUGUGAUUACGCUAAAGCUUCACUGAUAAUGGUUAUGUACUCUUAUUUGCAACUCAUAAUGAUUCUAGCUGAAGUAGAGCAUUCAGUUGGAUUCUCUUAGUGAAAGGUACAAAAUUUAGGUGCUGGUUCCAAGGAAUAUAGACAUGGAUUACUAUGUGGGUGUUGAUGUAGGAACAGGAAGUGCUCGAGCUGCUCUAGUGUCUUCCACAGGAAAGAUACUGAAAAUGACGACAUGCCCACUUGAAAUUUUCCACCCCGCUCCUAAUUUUUAUGAACAAUCAUCUGAUAAUAUUUGGAGUGCAGUUUGCCAUGUAGUAAAGUCAGUUGUAGCUGAUAUCUCUGCAGAAUAUGUACGGGGUAUUGGCUUUGCUGCUACUUGUUCAUUGGUAGCAAUUGACAAAACAGGAUCACCAGUCACAGUUAGUCCAACAGGUGAAGAUAAACAGAAUGUUAUAUUAUGGAUGGACCAUAGAGCACAGAAAGAAGCUGAUUUUAUAAAUGAACAGAAUCACGAGAUGCUUCAGUAUGUAGGUGGGAAAGUAUCGUUAGAGAUGCAAACACCCAAAAUGUUGUGGCUCAAAAAUAAUCUACCUUCAUCUUGGAACCGCGCAGCACUGCUAUUUGAUCUGCCUGAUUUCUUAACCUGGAAAGCUACAGAUUCUGAAUCAAGAUCUCUAUGCUCUUUGUGGAACUAUAGCGCAAAAAUUAUUCAAUUAGUUUUCGUUAUUAGAGCAGCAAUCAGUACACGUUAACAACAAAAUUAUGUACCAUAUCGUCGUUCACUGCUAUGGGUAUUUGGGGUCUUACAAAAAAGAAGGGUGAUAAUGAAACAAUCAUAACUACAAAAGAAGUUCUAAUAGCAAAAGCCGAUGCAUUAUACGAGCAAGAACAAUACCAGGAAAUACAUGACCUUCUAAUAAAUUAUAAAGAUAGCGGUGAUAUUGAAAUUAUAUGGCGUUUGUGUAGAGCAAUGUAUAAAUUGUCUAAAAUUGUGAGCGAAGUAGAUGGAAAGAAAUUAAUUUUCGAAGCUUAUGAUUUAAUACUCAAGGCACUUGAAAUAAAAGAGGAUAAUUGGGCUGCACACAAAUGGGCAUCGAUUCUUCUUAAUUCUAAGACUCUUUAUGAAGGAGUAAAAGCACAAAUAAAAGAGUCAUAUAAUAUUAAGAAACAUAUGCUGAGAGCAAUGGAACUAAAUCCAAAAGAACCGACACUUAUGUACAUGCUUGGUACUUGGUGCUAUCAAGUUGCCGAUUUAACAUGGUAUCAAAGAAAAAUUGCAUCUGUAAUAUUCGGAGAACCACCAUCUUCAUCAUUCGAAGAAGCUCUAAAAUACUUUGAAACCGCAGAGGAAAUUGAUCCCAAUUUCUACAGUCAAAAUUUAUUAAUGUUGGGCAAAACCUACUUAAAAUUAAAUCUAAAAGAGCUAGCUAUGAAAUAUUUAAAAAUGGCCCUUGAAUAUCCUGCAAAGAACGAAGAUGAUCGAGAUGCUAAACAGGAAGCACAAAAGUUGUUAAAGAAAUUUUAACAAACUCGACAGAAAUUAUAAUCUAUUAUAUGAUAAAUUGGAAUUGAAGGGAUAAAGUAAAUUUAGAGUCAAUCUUUUCAGUAGAAGUAUAAAAUUUAUUUACUAUAAAGUGCAAUAGUACAUAUGUGCGAUGAGCUUUUUAUACAUAACAUCUAAGAUAUUAAUCACUAUUUGAAGAUUUCAAACUACUAUAAACAUGUAUAUUUUAUAAAAUGUUUCAUAUUAAAUAUUUUAUACAAUCUUUAAUAAUAUGUAAGAAAGUAAGUUAAAUAAUUAAUUUCUAAGUCGAAUUAAUUUAUCGGUCAGGAGAGUCUUCAACUUCAUUCAUCUCGUUGCGAAUGGCGUCAAGUGCUUUUUGUUGCAAAUUGGAGAGCAUCCGGAGAUAUUGACGUGCUUCAGGACCGCCCAUGUUCAUUCCUUGUGUUCCCAUCAAAUGGCAUAAAAGGAGAAGAUGCAGGGCAAAUUGUGUACGGAAUUCACCACACGGGCAACUAUAGUUUACUACAACGUAAUCCGGUGGUAGUUGGUCUUCCGGAGGUGAUGGUACGACAUGCAAAUGGUUAUAUCCAAGUCGGCACUGCUCCAUCGUUUUGUUAUAAGGCACAAUCUGGAAAAAUAAAAUUCACAAAUUGUUUAAGAAAUCGGUGGAAGAAACGAUUUGAAGGAAAUAAAAUACUUACUGCUCCAAGUGUGACGAAGAUGUAUAAGGAUGUUUCCAAAUGGGAAGGAUUCUCGAACGUGAAGAACUUUCGAACUCGAAGUACUUCCAGAAAUGUAGAAUUUUAAAAAUUGCAAAAUUAAAGCUCUCUCAGAACUUUCAAA